CGGGUACCUGGGCCUAGCAAGCUCUAGGAGUCUAGACUAUCAAUACUAGUUUUCUAGCUUACCCGGUAGUAUGCCGUAAGACGAUCCCCGGCCCGAAUCAAUCAAUGCGAUGCUCGAUAGCAACACCCGGACUCGGAGGCUAGCAGCCAAAGCAUGGAUUAGUGAGCAUUAUAUUAAAGAGACCAGCGGGGACAUUCGAGAAAAGAAGUGGCACGGCGUUUCAUCGCAUGGCUCAUGGCAUUGGUGCUCGCGCGUUCGGCGAUGUACUCCAUAUCCAAGACCAUGAGCAUUCUCAUUUGCAGUUUAAACGAAUACCAGUAUAUACCUUGACGUAAACAACAAUCAUGAAUUGGAUUCGGAAAAGUGUAGGAACGGCCCUGGUGGUUGUUGGUGGAGGCGGCGCCUACUUGACUAUGACGACGAACUUGAUAUCAACACUACCGGCAGACGACGAUGUAUGGUCCAGCAGGAGUUUUGUUCAUUUGAAUCGUCAUCGUAACCCGACGAUUCAGGAUUAUGCUUGGAAGCGUCUACCUCUAUCUAAAGUCAGACCUGAUCUUGGGGACGACGAAGAAGCUAUAGCAACUGAGUUUUGUCGUGGGGUAUGGGCUGGAUACGCAUACGUACCACAGCGCAUUCUCACAACGCUUUCUUUAAAAGGUCCCAAGACGAUAGAUCAACUCUUCGACCGACAACAAUUGGCAUCGUCUGAAUACGAGCUCGGGGCACGCUUUUCAGACCAGUUCGAAGUAGUAGAGAGGACAAGCAAUUCCGUCACAAUAAGAGCGGGAGGGUCACCACUCGAGCCCGGUCCACGCGAAUUCGACGGGAUACUCAUCUUGAGCGCUAAAGUGAAUAGGGAAGACAGGACGGUUGAAGUCGGUAUAAAGACGGCAUUCUUUAAUGGCAUGGCGCCCGUACGCGAUGGGAAAAUGCCAUCCCCUUUCGUUGUCGAAUUGCUUCAUCGAUACUAUGCCCGGGCGUUGGUGGAUAGCGGAGCACGAAGGCUGAUGCGAUCAAGUCCGUGACAUGCCUGGAUAUUUACAAGUUCUGAAUGAUUAACUCGCUUACAUCGUGUACGAAGUAUUGAAUAACGAAAUUCUCAACUCAGAUUUUUGAAUGAAGAUGAAUGAGGGAUACAAAGAAAAGGGGUAAACAAUGAUUCGAAGAGUGAAAGAACCUUAUGGCGAAACGGACAUAAGAUGAUGAUUAGCUUUUCUUUUUUUUAAAAAAUAAAUGAAUUAUCGAUUAAUUAAUAG